GAUGCGUCCGAAUUUUUUGCAGUAACUGCUGUUUGGAUUAUUCACAUUUCUUCGUUAGCCCAUCAAAAGGGUGAUAGCUACGAUGAAUUGGCUGCGGGGUGCUUCAGACCCUCCACGGCCCGCCUCCCCCGCAGACUCGGAGGAGCCACUGCUUAACGAUGAUGAUCGCAGUCAUCGCUCCAGCCAGGAUGAAGAGGCCACCCAGAACGACGUCAAAAGAAGCCCUCGCUCGAGAACUCGAGUUGUUACUCUCUUUAUUCUCCUCACGAGCAGCAUCACGACGGUCGCAGUGGUCAUUUACCUUCUAGUCGCCCACAGACUCCCCGCACCCACGGGCCCGCUUCACCAUCACGACAGUAACACACCGAUUAAGAACGUCGUCGUCCUCGUCCAGGAGAAUCUCUCCUUCGAUACCCUUGCCGGCGGUCUAAACUACAGUCGCGAUAUAGACAAUAUCGUCAACCUCCCACCGAACAAACGGUUCUGCAACCCCUCGAACGUCGCCGAUCCCUCUUCCCCUCUUAUCUGCGCAAAGCCGCUCGCUAAGAACGUCGCCCCUGAUGAUCCCGACCACAGUAUCGCCGGCGGGAAUUUCCAAGUCUAUGGGACAGAUCAUCCCGAUCUUUCGAUUCAUAAGCCGACCAUGCAGGGAUUCGUGAGCGAGCAGAUCCGGUCGCACGGGAUAAAUGGGGACCUGAAGCGGGCAGCGGAGGUAAUCAACUACUAUGCACCAGAACAUAUUCCCGUCUUCAACGCCCUCGCCGAAAAUUAUCUCCUGCUCGACAGAUGGUUUGCCUCUGUCCCCGGCCCGACAAACCCCAACCGCGCCUACCUGACGUCCGGGACCUCACACGGCCACGGUUGGAACGAUCCGUCCUUCGACCACUCGUCGCUCCCCCAAGUUUCUAUCUUUCAGCAACUCACUGAAGCAAAUAUAAGCUGGAUCAACUACUCCAACGCGACGGGCUUCGCGCCGGACGCGCUCUUCUACACCUGGACCGCAAAAUCAGAAGCGGGCCGAAACUCCAUCAAAAGCAUCGACCAAUUCUACAGUGACGCCGCAGCCGGCAAUCUGCCCCAGUUCACCUGGAUUAAUCCCGAAUGCUGCUCCUAUACUUCGUUCCACCCGCCCUCUCCGACAAAUCUCGGCGAGGGCUUCGUGAAGAGCGUAUACGAGGCUCUCCGGGCGGGUCCGCAGUGGAACGAGACGCUCUUUAUCCUGACAUUCGACGAACACGGCGGAUUCGCGGACCAUGUUCCUCCCCCGGAGAAAGUUCCUCCUGGCGAUGGAAUCCCGUAUACGGAGGUUGCAAAGGAUGGGAAGCCAACAACCUUCCAUUUCGAUAGGCUGGGGAUCAGGGUUCCGACUCUGCUCAUCUCGCCGUAUGUGCAGAAGGGCGCAGUGGUGCAUGGCCCAAAGGGGAAGGGCAAGAAAGGGCAAGCGAAGGGGGAGUACACGCAUACGUCGAUCUUGAAGUAUGUGGAUGAGUUGUGGGGAUUGGAUAUCCUUACGCCGAGAGUUGAGUGGUCUGCCAGUUUUGGAGAUCUGAUUGAGAAGAAGUUUAGAGAGGAUACGCCUGAACUUCUGCCGGAGCCUGUUAUUUUCUAA